AUGAACGAAUCUUCGAUGGCUCCAGCGUUUUCUCUGGAGCAUGCAGAUUUUUCCCAUCUCUCUAUAGUACAAUGGCAGGCAUUACACCGCCUCGCGGCGGUAUCUGGUGAAAUCUUCGUGACAUCGCUGCUGAGCACAGCGACGCCCGAACAACACCGUGCCGCUAUUCAAGACUACAUUGAGCACGAGCUCGCCGAAGCGAACCGGCGAGUACAGACUCCCUCGCGCCCGUCCCACUUCGACGCAAUUAAAAUGGAGACGUCUACGUACUUUAAUGAUGGUCCAGAUUGUCUCCCCUUUAAUCUCUGGCUUAGGGAGAUUAAUAUCGCCAUAGCGUCAAGGUUGAUUAAAGGUCCGAUGGCCAAGGUUCAUUUCCUGCUGUCUCGACUUGUUGGUAAAGCCAAAGAAUGGGCUCUUGGGAAGCUUGUUGUAAGCGAUUUGGCGUCCCCCACACUAGGAGAUAUCCAGCGCGACUUACGACUGGCGUUCGAGCCCCCUCAAGAUGAGUUACGCUUGCGUGCAGACUUCUUUUCACUUCGACAGGGUAAGCUGUCGAUGCGUGAUUACGUGCAGAAGACGCGACAUCUUGCUUCGUGUAUGACCACGCAGCCGAUCGACAUGGCUUCACAAGUUCAUGUCUUUGUCUUCGGUAUGAAAGAGGGCAUGACCCCCUAUUGCCUUACACAUGCUGAGCCGAAGCCUUUCGAGGAGGCAUUCGCCCUCGCACUUCGUGAAGAUUACACGGUCGCGUCGUCAUACUUCCAGGCAGCGCAGCAACGCCCGCGUAUGUCUGGCCCAUACCAAUAUAAAUUGACGUUAUUGGUACAUCUCGUGGUCGCGGCAAACCAUUUGGCCGCGAAAUUCGAAGUCAAAAACACAAUAAAUUGUUAUCAGUGCGGCAAGACAGGCCACCGUGCGGCCGUCUGCCGAGCACGAGCGCCGGUGUCCAUGAACACAGCUGUCUCACGAGGAGAUACUGUGUCGUCGGUGGUCCGGCCACAACACGAGCGGUUUCAGUAG